AUGCCUAUGCAAGCAUUCAGAACUAUUCUCAGUUUAGCAGUAUUUGACGCCUCACACUCUUCCACUCGAACAACAAUCACCUCGAGCAUAAUCGCACUCGAUUACACCGCCCGCAGAUACCAAUUCCAAAUUGAGAUGGCGGCUAUGAGGCUGCGCGUACAAUUGCGCCAGUUCGCUUGA